AUGAGUUCCUACCAGCAGAAACAGCCCUUCACCCCACCCCCUGAGCCUGAGCAGCAGCAGGUGAAGCAGCCCUGCCAGCCUCCACCUCCAACUCAGGAACCAUUUGUUCCCAUAAUUGAGGAGCCAUGCCUUCCAAAGGUUCCACAGCCGGACAACACCAAGGUUCCCGAGCAAGGCUAUUCCACACUUCCGGAGCCAUGUCCCAUCAAAGAUCCGGAGCCAGUCUACACCAACGUCCCUCAGCCUGGAAAUACCAAGGUGCCUGAGGCAUGCUCCUCAGUGGUCAUUCCAGGCCCAAAUCAGAAGAAGGACAACCAGAAGUAA